UACACAUUUAGUUACAAGUAUUUUUCCAAUAUUAUAUUAUACUCUAAAUUUUUAAGUUCUUAUAUUUCACAGAAUUGAAUAGAUUUGUAUGACGUUUUUUACAAAAAAUCGUAAAAAGCUAUGCUACUGGGGCAAAAUUUUGUGCAACAACAUAAAAGAAUUCAAUUCCUCUAAAGUAAUGGCUAAAAGUAAAUAUGAAUAUGUACGAACAUUUGAAAUGGAAGACAAAUGUUUACAGAACUGUUGGAUUGUUGUGCGGUUGGAUGGCCGCUCAUUCCAUAGGUUUACAUCUUCACACAAAUUUGAAAAACCAAAUGAUAAAAGAGCACUAGAAUUAAUGAAUAGAUCUGCUGUAGCUGUGAUGGAAGAACUGCAAGAUGUGUCAUUAGCUUAUGGGCAGAGCGAUGAAUAUAGUUUUGUACUGCGAAAGGAUACCAAUAUGUAUAAUAGACGGCAGUCAAAAAUUAUGUCAGCAAUUAACAGUAUAUUUUCUGCUUCAUAUGUACACUAUUGGAGUUCAUAUUUUAAAAAUAUUAAACUUUUGUACCCUCCUUCAUUUGAUGCACGAACUGUGCUAUAUCCAAGUGAUCAAAAUUUACGAGAUUACUUAAGUUGGCGCCAAGCAGAUACUCAUAUUAAUAACUUGUAUAACACUGCCUUUUGGGGUCUUGUCUUAAUGAAAGGGCUAUCUAAUAAUGAGGCUGAAAAAAUAUUAUGUGGGACAGUAUCAUCAGAAAAAAAUGAAAUAUUGUUUAAAGAAUGUGGAACUAAUUACAAUAACGAGUUACCAAUAUACAGAAAAGGUACAGUGUUAGUAAGAAAACUUAUUCGCAUACCUUCAUCUAAAUCCAAGAAACAUGUAGUAUGUCCUUUACAUGUAGAUAUUAUUGGUGAUGAUUUUUGGAAAGAACAUGAUGAAAUAUUAAAUUUAGAGAAAAUAAAAUUUAAUAAAGACUUUAAUCCAGAAGAUAAUUUUUACAUUGUAAGAAACUCUUGA